CAUGCUUGCGCCUAUAUCCUCUUGCAAUCGUUCUUUGUCUACGCCCCCGCCCUCGCCAUGUCUGUAGCUGCCCAAGAACAGUCCGGUCCCUCGACCCAGCACACCCUUCCCAACCUCGCAGAUCUCGUCAAGGCAGGUACAAAGAGGACAAGAGUCGUCUAUGCCGGCGAAGGGGCCAGUAUCGAUGACGGUCUUGCCAGAGCAAACAAGAUAAAAUUCGCGACAAAGCUGGGCAUCGAGUACAAGGAUGUCCAGACAUUACCGCCUAUAUUGCAAUCUCAGACAGCUGGCCCAGCCGGACCCAAACGACCUAGCCAGGCUGCCAUCGCUGCCCCUGGAGCUGCGGCUGCCGGCGUCAAGCUCAUUGGAGGACCAGAGGCGCGGUCGACUUCGUCCAGUGGUCCUCAAGCGCCCGAACCCCAAGCCCUCGUCAAGUUCAGACAUCAACAGGGAUACGCAGCGCAGGGAGGUCAAGCAGGCUCGCGUUUGUCGCAGGCGUUGAUGCGGAAGAAGGAGGCGAGGGAGAUCAAGCCGGAAUAUCACCCGCAAUGGAAACUUUCAAGAGUCAUUUCUGGACAUAUGGGAUGGGUGCGAGCUGUUGCAGUGGAUCCUGGAAAUCAGUGGUUUGCGACUGGUGCUGGAGACCGAGUGGUCAAGAUCUGGGAUCUUGCUUCCGGAGAGCUCAAGCUCUCAUUAACAGGUCACAUCUCUACUAUCCGUGGUCUCGCUGUAUCAGACCGUCAUCCAUACUUGUUCUCCUGCGCUGAAGACAAGAUGGUCAAAUGCUGGGAUUUGGAGACAAACAAGGUCAUUCGACACUACCAUGGUCACUACUCUGGUGUCUACUCGCUAUCGGUACAUCCCACACUGGAUGUAUUGGUCACGGCUGGUCGAGAUGCGGCUGUUCGAGUGUGGGACAUGAGGACAAGAGCCAACGUGUACACUCUUACCGGACACACCAGCACCGUUGCAGAUGUCAAGACUCAGGACUCUGAUCCCCAAAUCAUCUCUGGCAGUAUGGACAGCACCGUUCGGUACGUCCACCCUCUCUUUUCAUCGCCUUUCUAACACCGGACACAGGCUGUGGGAUUUGGCCGCAGGCAAAUGUAUGCAAACCCUCACGCACCACAAAAAAUCUGUCCGCGCCCUAGCCAUCCACCCCACCGAAUACUCCUUCGCCUCUGCCUCCGCCGGUGGCAACAACAUCAAAAAGUGGAAAUGUCCGGAAGGCACUUUCGUCAACAACUUUGUGGGGCAUGAGGCGAUUAUCAAUACGAUGAGCGUCAAUUCAGAGGGGGUGUUGUUCUCGGGUGCGGACAAUGGGACGUUGACCAUGUGGGAUUGGAAGACGGGACUGCCGUUCCAACAUUUGAAGGAUAUCCCUCAGCCGGGGUCGCUUGACGCCGAGGCUGGUGUGUUCUGUUCGACGUUUGACAAGACGGGGACGAGGCUUAUCACUGGUGGGGCUGAUAAGACCAUCAAGAUCUAUUCGGAGCAGGCGUAGAGGGCGAGCUUUAGGGCCACCAGAUGCAUUGUAUGAGUAUGACAUUCAAGUAUGACAAGUUGUCUUAUUGAUCAGAAAGAGUUGCGCGCAUGGAUUUCGAGAAU